AUGGACCAAACAGGCCAAUUCGUGUCACCUUCGGUGUCGCUGCUCUCUGGUGAGACUCUGGUUCUAGACGAUCUGCCAGCGGGCACUCGAAUUUCUGAUGUGAAGCAGCACCUGCGGCGGCGCUGGACACACCUGAAGGAGAAGGCGAUUCAGCUCUCCGAUGGAGUGCGGAUGCUCCGCGACACGGAGGUCCUCCAAGACGUUGGCUCCAAGAUGACAGUCGUGAUAGGCGAGGCCUCCACCUGCAGCGUGGAGGAGGCCAUGAAGGCCAUCAACGCUACAUGCACAGAGACGGGGAAGAGCUACAGCUGCAAGGUCGUCUCCUGGGAUGAUGUCUGCCGCAGUCAUGGGCCUGCCGAUGCUCUGAGCGCUGGUGGGCCCAACAUCACGGACUCCAGGCUCAAGGCCCGCAGUGGCCAAGCUCUGUACACAGUGCGGAGCUGCAACUGGAACGAGAGGCUUGGGAAAGUAUCGGCCGAUGAGAUCUUUGUGCUCGUCCCUGGACAGGAGGACAAGCAGGAGCUUGCACCUGUCUCGUUGCGAGAGUACUUGAAGAACAUUGGCGAGUACGGAGGCUAUGCAGGUCUUGCGCCUGACACGGAUCUAUCGGAUCUAGAAGCCGACGAUGCGGUGAGCAUCAGGUUUCAGACCACCUUCCUUCCUGUCCUGGAGGACGGAAGUAUGGAAUUCUGCGCGGAGGCUUACAACUACCAGACCCGGUCCGAGGAAGAUCCGAAGAACCUGGUCCUUCUCUGCACCUCGCAAGGGGCAGCUUUGCAACAGCAGGGCAUGGGUAAUCAGCGGCUCUUCUUGCAUGACGUCCAGGCCGAUGGCCGCGUUUCGCGGAGAUGGCUGGAGGCGCAGCGCACCGGCCAUCGGGUGGGCGGCAGCCAGGAAGAGAGCAGCGAAGCGGCAGCUGCUGCUGCCGAAGUGGCCGCGGCCGCUGCAGAAGCUGCUGCAGAGGCGCGGGAAGCUGCGGAAGCGUUUCAAGACGGCUCUGAGUCUGCGGAGGCCCAGGAGGCCCUUCGCGUGGCAGCAGAGGCCCAGGAGGCCAGCCGACAGGCAGCGCAGGAGGCUGCAGAGCGCACUGCUCGUGCAGCGGAGGCAGAGCAUGCUGCAAGUGAGGGGAAGGCAAUCGCACGAAGCUUCGGCAUGGCUGCUAUGGGCAGCCGCUGCAACAUGUUGAUGACCAUCCAGGUGCCCUUGCAGCAGACAGCUCCUCCGCUUCCAAAACCGUAUCUCUCCUGGCCAGCAGUUGCGCCUCCAAAGCCUGGAAGCAACUGUGGCAUUGAUCUUGGCGCCACAAAUGCACGUGUUGCCAUUUUCGAAGGGAACAAUGCCACUGUGUUGGUCAACGGGCAGGGCAACCGCGAAACUCCGUGCUGCAUCGCAGUGAAGGACGGUCAGCUCUUGGUGGGCGAAGCAGCACAAGCGAGUGGCUUACCGGCAGAGGACAUUGUCUUCGGUGUGAAGCGACUGCUGGGACGGAAAUGGACCUCUCCCGACUUGGCCGAAGACCUCCGGCGCCUGCCAUUCCGGGUCGUCGAGGGCAAGAACCAGAUACCUCUCAUUCCUGUCCGCUGGGGCGAAGAAGAGAAGCUCCUUCAUCCUGAAGAAGUUCUGGCGCUCAUCUUGGGUGAGAUGAAGAAAAUGAUCAUUGAGCACACGGGCAUUGCGGACACGAAGUCCAUUGGCGCCGUUCUGACGGUCCCGGCCUCCUUCAACGACGCGCAGCGCCAGGCGGCAAAAGACGCGGGAGCAAUUGCGGGCUUCAAUGUGCUCAGGAUCAUCAACGAGCCGACUUCAGCUGCAAUCGCCCUGGGUUUGGACAAGGGUUGUUCGGAGCGCAAUGCCGUGUUCGUGGACAUGGGGGGCUGCUCCACAGACGUCACCGUCCUGACUAUCGAGGAUGGUAUCUUCGAGAUCAAGUCCACUGCCGGGUCUGCACGCCAUGGUGGCGAGGACUUGGAUGCACGUUUGCUCGAAUACUGCCUAGAGCAAUUCUCCCGGGAGCACCCCGGUGUGGACCUCCGUGCACGACCAAGAGCUCUCCGUCGGCUUCAGAAAGCGUGCGAGCGAGCAAAGUGUAGGCUAAGCCACGACAUCCAGGCUGUGAUCGAAGUUGACUCAUUGUUCGAGGACCACGACUUCUCCUGCCAGAUCACGCGUGCCCGCUUCGAGGAGCUGGUCAAAGAGCAGUUGCAGCAGCCAGUACGGCUGCUCAAAGACGCGAUGGAGGAGAGUGGCCUUACGAAAGAAAGCAUCAACGAGGUGGUCUUAGUGGGAGGCUGUGCACGCAUCCCGAAGCUGCAGGAGCUGGUCAAGGAGUUCUUCGGUGGCAAGGAGCUGAUCGUCAGCAGCCAAGCCAACGAAGACGUUGCCAAGGGUGCCGCUAUUCAGGCAGCUAUCCUGUGUGGGGCUGGUGGCGUUGUCCAAGACCUGCUGUUGUUGGAUGUCACACCUCUGUCGAUCGGCUACGAGUCCGCCAACGGUGCUAUGUCCAGGGUGAUUGAACGCAACACGACCAUUCCCACACGGCGCUCAUUGGUCCUCACAACCCACGAAGACAACCAGAGGAGCGUGAAGCUUCGAAUCUUUGAGGGCGAGCGGGCUUCCUGUGCCGAAAACAACUUCCUGUCGGAAUUUGUGCUCGAUGGCUUGCCCCCAGCUCCACGUGGAGUGCCACAGAUCAAGGUCGAGUUCGACAUCGAUGCAAACGGCAUUCUGCACGUCUCUGCGACAGAAGGGAGCACUGGCAAGUCGAACCAAAUAACCGUCACCAAUGACAAGGGCAAGCUCACGCAGAGCGCCAUUGAAGAGAUGGUUAAGGCUGCUCAGUCAGCGCAGCUUGGCACGGCAGAGCUGGCUGCAGCAGACGAGAAGGCGGGAUAUGGCACCGCCAACGCCGCGCGCGUGAGCUGCGGUCAGCAUGAAGACUACUGGCCCGGUCUUCGGAUUCGAGAGCCCAGGCGGGAUCGCAAGCAACGGUGCACAAUCACGGUUCAGUUUUACCACACGGUAUCCGGAGGUGUCCCAUCUCCGGAGGAUGUCCUGGCAGCGAUCGACGACAUGGAAUCUUUGUACAGGCACUGCGAGUGGAACGGUCGUUUAGCUGAGAAGGGGGCAGAUUUCGCCAAGUCCACGCAAUAA